AAGUAAAUGAAGUUUCAGAUCCUUACGAUCGAGAACAAGAAAUACCGAGUAAACCGUUUCAACUGGAAACUUGGAAAAAACUGUUUUCUUUUUUCUGAUCAUGAUGCAAUGAGAUAUUUAUUUACAUUUUCUUUAUGCAUUUGAAAGUUUUAAGGUGAUAUUUUGUUAAGAAGAUAAUAAAACAUGGAGUUUGAUAUCUUAGAUUCUUUAGAUGAUCUUCGGUAUUCUAAAAAAGAUUUAAAAGACUCCAAAUUAAGUACCAUCAUAGAAGCAGGACCAAAAUCAGUUGAGUUCACUCAGCUUGUAGAAUGGUUUUCAAAAGAAUUACAGACUCUUUUAGGUUUGGAAUCCUGUGUCAAUUCUAUAACAGAUUUAGAAGAUUGCGAUUCAUUUCUUUUGGAAGUUAGUUCAUUCUUAAAAGAGUUACAAUGUCCUUAUAAAUCAUUAAUAAGUGGUAAUAUCAGUGACCGACUACAAGAUUCUGAUAGCAGAAAAGUUUUAUUAGAUUUCUUGUGCACUGAGCUACAAGCUGUUCAUGUUAUUCAAAGGAAAACAAAAAGUAAUGAGACUGUUGAAAAUGAAGUGGAAGAGAAUGAUAUAAUUUCAUCUGUAAAUGAUGUCCUAGAAGUUUUAGACAUCAAAGUUGACUGUGUUGAGGAACCAUUAACAUUAUUAUCACAAAUAGAAGAAAAGAUUUCUUCACAACUUGAUGUAGUAUUACCUCCAGCUUUAGAAGAACCUCUAACUGAAGAUAAUUGGUCAAACCUCACACAGUUUUAUCAAGAUAUGUUUAUAGAGUACAGUAUCCGUCGUGAAAUGAUGUUAACUCGUUUAGAUGUUACUCUUCAGUCAUUUAAAUGGGGUGAUAGAUGCAAGGGCAAAGAAUCACAAAUUUUGAGUGCUUAUGUCCGUAAAAGGAAUAAAUUAAAGAGAGAACCUUCAGUUAAAUUAUCUGAUUUAGCAGCAGCUAGAGAAGAUAUAUUCAUCAUUGAAAAAACAAGCAGUGCAAAUCUUGUGAAAAAUACUAAAUCAUCUGUUAAUAGAGUUCUUAUAAAUGCUGUUCCUGAUAGAGGAGGUCGUCCUAAAGAACAGACACCAUAUAAAGAAAUGCCUAAUUGGUCAAAAAGAUCAGGUGGAGGAGGAGGUAGUGGGAGAGGAGGUCCAAGGGGUGGUGGUAGUAGCCACUCUGGCAAAAGGUUCAAAGAACAUAAAGGAGGUGGCAAGAAUCGAGGUGCUUUUGAUGCUGCCGGCUCUUACUAAAAUUAUGUGCUUGAAAUGUUCCUUUAUUUCUGCCAUAACAUUAUUUUCCUGUUUGCUCUUAAAUGUAGUUUGAAAUUUAAGUAAUAUAAUAAUAUUUUUUUAAAUAAUAAAAAUUGACCUUAUUAGCUAAAUUCAACAGUUUUCAAAUUUCUUUUUGGAAGAAAAUAAGAUUAAUAAAUAGUCUUUUAUGUUUUUUUAAACAGUUAAUAUUUUUCUUUUUAAAAAUACUUUUCUAAGUCAGAAUUUGAAAUUUAUUGUGUUACAUUGUAAAUAAUAUUAACUAAUGCUUCUUCUACAAUGAAAUAUUUCAUUUCUCUCAACAACAAAAAAAUUGCCGACAUGCAUCUAUCUCUCUCUCUUUUUUUUUUUUGUUUUUUUUUUUUGAAUAAUAAUGUGCAUUUGAAUAGUGUCUGACUGUAUACUGUUUGUUUUUACACCCAGUAAUGUGAAAAUAUUUUUAUCAUUUAUUAAUGCCAUAUAAAGAAAUAAACUUUUUAUAAAAAUAUA